AUAAUAUAUCUUAAUAGAUAAUUCGUACCUAGAAAAAACCAUGGACAAGUAAGUACAAUACAACAAUACAAACAGAUAUUGACGCCUGACGGAUGAACAUUUUUCUCAUAGUUUUUUUUUACCGUCAAAUGUUUAUAUUAUCUUAGCUUAUUUUAAUGGAAUAUUAUUCAUCAACAAAAAAUAAUUUAUCAAUUGACAAGAUGCCUCGUAAACGUGUGAAAACCACAAAGAGAGGUACCACAUCGGAGAGCACUAUGCAAAAAGCAGCUCAACUAUGUUUGGAAGAUCUUAUGUCGCAACGAUCUGCAGCUAAAAAAUUUAAUAUUUGCCAUGUGAGUUUAAACAGGUAUAUAAACAAAUUUAAACUUCAUAGGGAAACAGGUAGUUGUCAACCAGCAUUCGGUUACCGACCACAUAAUAAAGUAUUUAACAAUUUUCAAGAAAAACAACUUGCAGAUUACGUAAAAAUUUCUACAGAUAUGUAUUUUGGUUUAAAUUCUAAAAAUAUUCGAAAACUAGCUUAUGAAUUUUCAGUUAAACUCGAUUUAACAGUACCAAACAGUUGGAAACAAAAUAAGGAAGCCGGUCCCGAUUGGGUUUCAGACUUUUUAAAAAGAAACCCAUCAUUGUCUAGUUGUCUCCCAAAAGCGACUAGUAUAUCAAGAGCUAUUAGCUAUUUCAACCCAGCAAAUAUAAAAUAUUUUAUGGAUAAAUAUGAGUCAAUUUUAUUGAAGUACAAACUUCAAGCACAUGAUAUUUACAACAUGAAUGAAAUAGGGGUUACAUUUGUCCGAAAAACAGGAAAAAUAGUAGCAUCUCUAGGUAAUAAACCUAAUAAAGCGAUCAUAAGUGGCAAAAAUUGUACAGUUACCAUGUGCAUAGCUAUAAAUGCAGCGGGCAACUUUAUUCCUCCCAUGCAUAUAUCAUCUAAGGCUGCCAAUAAUUUAAACUGCAUGCAAGGCGUUGAGUUCUUGAAGAUUUUGAAGAAAUUUACCAAAUAUGUCAGCCUUCCAGUUGAUAAAAAAGUUCUUAUUCUACUUGACAGUUAUGAAUCUCACUUAUGUUUGCCAGUGAUUGAUUUUUGCAAGGAAGCAGGCAUUUUAUUAUUAUCAUUCCCACCUCACUGUUUUAAAAAACACCAGCCAUUUCACAGAUCCGUGUAUAGACCAUUUAAUGCAUUUUUGAACGAAAAUAUAUCGGCCUGGAUUGAAAAUAAUCCAGGGUUAAAAUUAAGAAAAUAUGAUGUGCCUUUAGUGUCAUCUAGUAUAAGAGCAUUAGUUAGUGCUGCUACACCUGAAAAUAUUAUUAACGGAUUCUCUAUGUCAGGGAUUUGGCCUAUAAAUCGAAAUGCAUUUACUACGGGUACAUUUACGCUAGCAGCUUUUGAAGGUAUUGACGAUAUGUUAAUAGAUAAUGUUGAUGAAGAACCAAUAAAUUAUGUAAUUAGAGAACCAAACAAUAGCAUUACUGAAGAACCAGCGAAUAUUGACAUUAUUCCUCAUUUGAAAGCAGAAAGAAGUUUAACUCCUCCAAUUUCUGAUCUGGACAGAUCUUCUAUUGCUGGUCCAAAAACUUCUAAGCUGGCCAGGAAACUAUUAUUUGAACUACAUCAUAAUGAGUAAUAUAGUAAGUAGAAUAAAAGUGAAGAGUACAAUAGAAAAUACGCUUGAAAAAAUAGAAAUGGAAGAUGAAAUAAAAAAUAAUGCUAAAAAAACCUAUUUGUAAAAAUAAGAAGAGUAAAAAAUCUAAAAGCUAAGAAACCAGAUAAACUCAAAAACAAGAAUUACAGUUAUAGCGAUGUUAAUGCUCAAAUUGUUGUAAGAAUAUUUGUGACAAGUCUUAAUUAAUAACCGAAAAAAAAAUAAAAUAAUUUUGAGACUGAAUAUUACUAUUGUGUAAGUAUUACAUAUUUUGAUCUCUCUUUUUUAAUCCAUGAGAUAUGCUAUGUUUUAAUUUGUAUUAUUAUUUAAUAAUAUAUGUACUUGCUUGAAGAAGUAGUUUCUCCUCGAUGAGUCUAUUAAAUAUUGAAUUUAUUGGAAAUUUUAGUACUAUACAGUACGUACCUACUAUUUAAAUAAUUUUGAUUAAAAAGGAUAUUUAUAAAUACAAUUUGAACUUAUUAAUGUUAAUUAUUUAUAUAAAAAUAACAUAUUUUAAUUUCUUAUUGUUAGGUUUAAUUAAUUUAUUGAUUAGAAAUCUAAAUAAUAUCAAUAAAUUUGAACAUAAAAUACAUUAAGUAUGUCAACAUCGACUGUUGAACUUGUAACUUUAUUUUUACCAAGCAUUUUAAUAUUAUGAUUUAUUAUGAUUUAUUAACUUGAAAUAUUACAUAAAAUAAACUAUUUGCUUAUAAUGAAAUCAAAAUAAUAAAUAUUUUUAUAAUAAUUAUGACAAAAACAAAUUGUUGGCAUAUUAUGAUAUUCAUUUAUCUUAUACUAUAAUCCUGUGACUUUACACAAAAUAAACUUCAAGACCAUAAUAAAUAUGAAAAAAUCCAAAAUAAUUUGAUUGAAACAAAAUAUUUUUGUUUUAAACUUGAAACUAAUAAAGACUACUUUCAAACAAUAUUUCAAAAGCAACUUAAAUAUUAAAACAAAAUGCUUAUGUCUUUUUUCCAAAAUUUAAAUUUUAACAUUUUGAAUUCCUAGUGCAUACAUCUACGAUUUACUUAUUUCAGAGGUGGCCAAUCUGACGGGUAUUUAAUAUUAUUGUAUACCACAUUUGCGUCUAAUAGGAAAACAUAUAAUUUGGCGUGCAAUACUCAUUUAAAUUGUUUUCAAUUAAAUAGGAUUUAUCUUACCUAACCUAUAGUAGUCAAAAACCAAUUUAAAAUUCUCAUAAAAAAGAAAAAAACCAUAAAAACUAUAUUGUUCUACAAAUAUAAUUUAAGUGCUCUGAGACUUUAUAAAGUUUUUCACUUAUUUAAAAACUAUUUAAAUUUAAAAUAAACGUAAGAAAACGUAUUAGUAGUUGGAAUUUAAGAAAGUUAAGAAAUAUUCCAAUAUAAUAAUUAUUUUAAAAUUUAAAUGAUGAAAAUGUUUUUAUCAUUUAUGGAACAUCUCUAUAUGUUAUUUUAUGGAUUUGCCACAGUAUGAUAAAAAGUUGGCCUUCCACCUAUCUAUGCAUGUAUGACAAGCUCCUGAACGUAUGUAAAUAAUUAGAAUAAGUUUUUUUAAAACAGUCUAGCAACAGCAUUACAGAGAGUGUCUAAUUUACAGAAGAUCUUGGAGCAGAAAUAUAACUGAAGAAUGCUGGUUAAUAAAGCAAUGUUUAAUAUUUUUGAAUAUAAUUAGUGUAGUAAGAAUGUCAGAUCAUAUUCGAUUAACAAUAGCAAAUGUUUAAUUUACACGUUGAUGAUAAAAUUUUUUUUAAUUGUAUUUUUUUUUUAUUUAUGUAUAUUUUUUACGGGAAAGUAAUUUAAAAAUAUCUUUUAGUAAUUUAUUUAAAAUAAUAAAACAUAAGAACAAGAAUGCACAAUAUUGUAUACCUACAUUAAUUGACUUAUUCUAAAAACAAUUAUACAAAUAUACAAAAAAGAUAUGAAAGUAAAUUAUAAUUUUUUAAAUAUUAUGUUAAUAUUCACAAAUACUUACUCUGUUGAAUAAAUCCACUUUUAAUUUUAAUAUCUUAUUUAAAAAUGGUAUUU